GGCACGUGAAAACUGAAAGGGUUCAUUGCAAUGACACGAGUAAGAGUUGAAUACGCCAUAGUAUCUUAUCAUCUGCCACAGGUUCGUUAGUUGUUAAUCUCUUUGUGUUGAGGAUUCAGAAAUUUUGAAUCUUACGGCUGUAGGCGAAUGACAGUGAAAACUGUGUCUCCAAAUUUUGCAUGAGGUAGUUUUUUUCUUUGGGCUGAAACAUGUUUGCUGAUAAUACUUUGACGGCUGCUCGUGCGGAUCUGGCAGCUGCUAUAGUUCCAUUGUUGAAGCUGCUAUGCCUUACAGUCAUAGGGCUAGUUCUUGCAAACCCAAGAAUGCAAUUCAUUCCUAGAGCUACGUUUAAACUUCUUAGUAAACUUGUGUUUGCCCUGUUCUUGCCUUGCCUUAUAUUUACUGAUCUAGGUGAAAGCAUUACUCUUGAAAAUUUUGUGGAUUGGUGGUUUAUCCCUGUUAAUGUGUUAGUGAGUACAGCUAUUGGAUGCUUACUCGGGUUCUUAGUGGUGAUCAUAUGUAAACCACCUCCAGAGUUAAACCGAUUUACUAUUAUAAUGACGGGAUUUGGUAACACUGGAAACCUCCUCCUUGCUGUGGUUGGAUCUGUUUGCCAUAGUGAUGAUAAUCCAUUUGGGAAGCAUUGCAACACUAGAGGGGUGACAUAUGUUUCUUUAUCUCAAUGGGUUUCUGUUAUCCUCGUAUACACUCUUGUUUAUCACAUGAUGGAACCUCCUAUGGAGUAUUACGAGAUUGUUGAGGAAGGGAUUGAAAUCGAGGAAGAGCAAGUAUUGAAUGAUAUCAGUAGACCACUCCUUGUAGAAGCUGAGUGGCCUGGCAUCGAGGAUAAAGAGACUGAGCAUUCUAAGACUCCGUUUAUUGCUAGGAUAUUUAAAAGCAUCUCAGGUAUAUCCCCGUCCAAUAUUCCUGAGCUUGAAGUGACAUCAGAAAGUGGUGGGAAUAGUCCAAAAUCCAUUAGGUGCUUGGCUGAACCUAGAGUUGUCAGGAGGAUCAGAAUUGUUGCUAAACAAACUCCCAUUCAGCAUAUACUUCAACCCCCAACACUUGCCUCUCUAUUGGCUAUUAUUGUUGGCACAGUGCCUCAGCUUAAGGCUCUGUUCUUUGGAUAUGAUGCUCCGUUAUCUUUCAUUACAGACACUUUGGAGAUUGUAGCAGCGGCAAUGGUACCUUCUGUGAUGCUUGUACUGGGGGGUAUGCUUGCUGAAGGACCAAAUGAGUCUAAACUUGGGCUUAAAACUACUGUUGGUAUUACUGUGGCAAGACUUCUGGUGCUUCCUGUCCUGGGAAUUGGGAUUGUGACUUUGUCAGAUAAGCUAAAUUUCCUAGUUGAGAAUGAUGCUAUGUUCAGAUUUGUGCUUUUGUUGCAGUACACUACACCGAGUGCUAUUUUACUGGGGGCAAUUGCCAGCUUAAGGGGUUAUGCAGUUAGUGAAGCCUCAGCCCUUCUCUUCUGGCAGCAUGUAUUCGCCCUUUUAUCCUUUUCAUUGUACAUCGUUAUCUACUUCAGAAUUAUUAUGUAUGUGUGAAGUUGCAGUAUACCUUGACGUUCAUGAUUUAAAUUGUGUUUUUCUGGCUUGUUUUGGAUUCACGAUGAAAUUGUUGAUGCAUGGUUCUUUCCUUGCA